AUGCCGUUUUGGAGUUGGCGUUCUCCUUUCAAGACUCAGCUCUUCUCUCCCUCUUACGCUGCGUUUAGUCUUCAGGACAUUGAGGAGAUUUUGCGAGUCCUAACCUAUACAGAUGAGCAAAAGGUGGCGUACUCCACAUUCAAGCUUACCGGGGAAGCGAAGAGGUGGUGGAUCUCUGAAAGAACUAUCAGAGAAGUAGAGGGGACAGAGGUAGUCAGUUGGCUGCACUUCAAACAGAUCUUUCUUGAGCGCUUCUUCCCUAGCUCGUUCCGUGAGGACAAGGCCAUGGAAUUUGCCACCUUGGUUCAGGGAACAAUGACGGUAUAUCAGUAUGCAGCUAGGUUUACUAAGUUAUCCUGUUUUGCUACUUAUCUGAUUCCCGAUGAGGAAAAGAAGGCACACAAAUUUGAACUAGAACUGAAUGAGAAACUUUAUGAGCGUGUGGUAGGCUUUCAGAUUCAGAACUUCUCAGAAAUUGUGAAUAAAGCAACAGUUUUUGAAAGAAACCUUCAAAGAAGCGUUGUAUUGCAUGAACAGAGGGAAAUGACUACUCCUACUGGGUACCAUUCUGGCAUGGACUAG